AUGGCCCGCGUCUCGCACAUAGCCACUUUACGGGACGAGCCUCCGAGCAACGAGCUUCGUACUCGGCAGCACGACACACGCUCCCUCGACCAGAUCAUGGCCGAUCGUCCCAAGAAGGGAGGCGCCGGCCGUACCAGCCAGCGCGGUCGUCGUGCAGGCCGUGGCGCCCGUCCCAGCGCCAAGUCCGCCGCCGUCGGCGGCAACGCUCAGAACGCUGCCGUGAUCGCAGCUUCGAACCGCAACAAGCCUCCCGUCGUCAUCCCCGGCCGAGGCGGUGGCGGCGGCAGCAAGAUCAUCCUCAGCAACUUGCCUCUCGAUGUCACCGAGGCUCAAGUCAAGGAACUUUUUGCCACCACGAUCGGACCACUUCGCAAGGUCGCCAUGAGCUACCGAGCCAACGGUCAGUCGACCGGUGUUUGCACCGUUGAAUUUUCGCGUGCUGACGACGCUGGUCGAGCAUACACCCAGUACAACAACCGCUUGAUCGAUGGAAAGAAGCCGCUCAAGGUCGAAGUCGUUGUCGACCCCGCCAAGGUGUCUGCUGCUUCUGCUGCCGCUCCCAAGGGGCCCAAGGGAGCCGCUGCUGCCGGUGCAGCCAAGGGCAAGGGCGGCCGUGCCGCUGCCGGCGCUUCGACCCGUGGUCGUGGCCGUGCGCGUGGCGCCAAACGCGAGGCGCGACCCAAGAAGACGGUCGAGGACCUCGACGCCGAGAUGGAGGACUACAACAAGCAGGCCACCACCGACGCCGCCCCUGCCGCCUAA